CGUAGAUGGCUCUUUGUCGUGCUAAUUAGGGGGAAUAGUACGAAUUUAAGUUUAACAUUUUUGAGAAACAUUUCUUUUAGUAUUAGGAUAUAUCUGAGAGUGGACAGUUAUGGACUUUCAGCAUAGGCCUGGAGGAAAAACGGGGUCAGGUGGUGUAGCCUCAUGGUCCGAAACUAAUCGAGACAGACGAGAACGUCUUCGCCAGUUGGCUUUGGAGACAAUUGACCUGAAUAAAGAUCCCUACUUUAUGAAAAACCAUUUAGGAUCAUACGAAUGUAAACUUUGUUUGACACUCCACAAUAACGAAGGAAGCUACCUAACUCACACUCAAGGAAAAAAGCACCAGGCAAAUCUUGCUCGCAGAGCUGCCAAAGAAGCUAAGGAUUCACCAGCUCAGCCAGCACCAGCUAAGCCAAGAGUCGAUAUAAAGAAAUUUGUUAAAAUUGGUCGACCAGGCUAUCGGGUGACUAAACAACGAGAACCUGAAACAGGACAACAGAGUCUUUUAUUUCAGAUUGAUUAUCCAGAAAUAUCUGAGAUUGUUAUUCCGAGACAUCGUUUUAUGUCGGCAUAUGAACAGAAAAUUGAACCUCCAGAUAAAAAAUGGCAGUAUCUGCUGUUUGCAGCUGAACCAUACGAAACUAUUGCGUUCAAAGUUCCCAGUCGUGAAGUAGACAAGUCCGAAGGAAAAUUCUGGACAAUGUGGAACCGAGAAACUAAACAGUUUUUUCUGCAGUGUAGUUUUAAGAUAGACAUCAAAAGCAAACCAUUUUCUAUACUAUCAGCAAAUGUUCCACCAACUUCCCAUCUUACACCUCCACCAAAUACAAACCUUCCACCUCCACCUCCUCCUCUUAUUCCUCCCCCACCUCCACGUCCUCCUGGUCCACCGCCUCUUCCUCCUCCUCCUCCUCCCCCUUCUAUGGUACCAACUAAUUUUGAUAGUGCUCCUCCUUUACCUCCACCACCUGGUCCUUCUCCUCAGUAAUGUGGUUUUUCUG